AUGUCUACAGUGCCCCCGCCGCCCGACGCCAAUGGUAACCCUCUGAUCGCUCUGGCCGUAGCGAUAAUCUAUGCCAUCUUAUACGUCCUUCAAGGGUUUAGGAAUUUGGUAGGGGUGUUGACUAUUGGCCUACCAAGCGCAAUCGUCAGGAUACUUCACUACAGUCUGACCAUCUCACUCGGCUUUCCCCACUUCCUAGCGCUCUUCGCAGCAUUACUAUUAGGUCUAUUCUUCUUAGUACGAUAUCGAUACCUGACGCGAUAUACCAAACUCAAGGAGCCUGCUCUUCCACCUCCAUCACCGCCUUCUCUCACUGCUGAACUCCUACCUCUAGAUACUCCUGGAAUAGGUAUAAACGACAAAAGAAGUAGAUCAGGAUCUUUCCACAACUACCUGGAUGAUUUCCUCUCGGCAAUUAGAAUAUUUGGAUACCUCGAGAAACCUGUUUUCCACGAGUUGAGCAGACACCUGCAGACUCGACGAUUGGCCGCUGGUGAUACGCUGGAUAUAGGGGGUGGGGACUUUUGGUGUGUCGUUGAAGGAAAAGUCCAGGUCUUCGCCCCUGAUUCGUCACCUCUCAGCAGAUCUACUCCAUCGUCACCCGACCCAUAUAAUCUGAAUACAUCAUCCUUCAAUGGAUAUCACCUAUUGAAUGAGGUAUCCACUGGCGGUACGCUCUCGUCGCUAUUUUCCAUUUUAUCCUUGUUCACCGAAGACAUAAAGCUUUCGUGGACAUCACCAAACGAGAAUGAAGAUGGAGAAGUACUAGAUGAUGACGAUAUGAUCAGAGAGCCUUCUCUAGCUCCUCCAGGAGAGAACAGAGGUAAAACCAGGGCAAACUCAGAUGUCAGUCAGCUCGACCAUGAAGUAUUAAGUAAAAGAGUUGGAAGUCCGGAAAAUACAUCACCUACUAGCGGAAGUCAUAGACCACAGCAUCAGCGAUCGUCUUCCCUAGGAACAGGCAGUAGUAUGGUUCAUCAGGAUGCGGAAAAUGCGGGACAACAUCCUUCUUACUCCAUGCCAGCAACCGUCUCUCCUUCGCCUGCGGGAGGCAGAUCACAAUCAAGCUCUCUUCAUCCAUCGCCUCAGAUAAGACCGCAGCCUGGAGCGUUUCCUUCAACAACCACUUCUUUGCACGACUCACCUAGACCGCUUAGAAGAGUACCGAGACGCGAAGAUACUGGCGCUGCUGCCUUAAAAGGAACUAUCUCAAGAGCGACUGUGGAUAGUACAUUAGCUGUCAUUCCUGCGUCGGCUUUCAGGAAACUUACCAGGAAGUUCCCAAAGGCAAGUGGCACAGUGGUUCAGGUAGUUUUGGAAAGGUUCAGUAGAGUAACAUUUAUGACUGCCCACAAAUAUCUCGGAUUGACCAAAGAAAUCCUCCGAUCUGAAUCUUCCCUCAACUCCCUUGUUUCUCACCCUCUUCCUAGAUCGUUCUAUACUGGAGGGGGCAUGCAAGCUCUGCGAAAUCGAUUCCAGCCCGAGGCUCAAGCUAAGGACAGGAGUCAGAAGAACUUCUCGUCAAUCGGUUCAUCCCCUAGUGGUCGAAUAUCCAGUAAAGACUACUUCAAUUAUGUUCCAUCUAGUCCUACGGUCAAAGCUCCAUCGCUACCCUCGGCUACUCCACAACAAGUACCUUCCACUCCUUCAGUCAAAGGUGGUAAUCUUUCCGUCAAAGGUUUACAAGCACUCAGCAAGAUCGAUGCGGCUGUCGCUGUAGAAUCGCCAGCGGAGAACACGCCUGAUAGCAAUACCGCAAUCGAGCCACCCUCAGCCGGUGUAUUCAGUCCGGACUCGGCUGCAAGGCAUGGAAGUGAAUUCGUCAGACGCAAGUCUGCCUUCAGGAAGCAGGUGGCAGCUGGUGAUUUAGCUAUGGGUCAGGGGAAUGUACCUGAUGAGAAAGGAGGAGCGUACUACCGACCUGGCGUGCAGACACCGGGACUACCUAGAAUGGAUACUUGGAUGGGAAGGUUUUCUGGAUCUUCAACAGACUUAGCACAUCAUAACGGAGUGGCUAUCACCCCUUCCUCUGGGGAUUACGGUACACCAGAAGAUGAAUCGUUUGAUCUGAAAGAAGCUGUCUUAAUGAGUAUAGCAAGAUCUAUUGGACUAGCUCAACCUACUGAGAGCAAUAUCGAUUCCAUCGGAAGAAACUCCUUCGCACCAUCGGUCUCGGCGGUAUCAACCCCGAACUCGCCAAUGUUCCCUCCUAAUGGUAGACCAGGUGUCAAGUCGCCUUUCGGAAAUGUACUGGAUAUGAUGGCUGCCUCGACGCACGAGGGAGUGAUAGGCGGAAUGUUGAGAGAAGCAGCUUUGAAAGCGAAAGUGAAUGACGAUGAAGCGAGUAGCAUUUCAGCUAGUAUGCAUGAUUCUCAAUUUGGGACUGCGGCCGGUGAUAAGAAGGUAUUGAAGGAUCUGGAGGGCAAUGUUGAAAUCCUGUUCUUCAAGAAAGGGAGUGUGUUGGUCAAGGAGGGUGAAAGGAGUCCGGGGAUGUACUAUGUCAUUGAUGGAUUCCUCGAGACAUCAUUACCUGUACAUCAAGGUGGAGUGGAAACUCCUCGGUCAUCGCCUUCUGUAAAUCCUACGAGUGCAAGUCCACCGCCAUCGACAUUUGCAAAUGUCAACGGAAGACCGUUCGGUGCUGCCUUGGGACUGGACACAAGCCACAAUAACGGUUAUUCAUCUCCUUUUGGUAGCGGAAAGGGCGAAGAGACUUUAUACACCGUUAAGCCCGGUGGAAUAGCUGGUUAUCUUUCGUCCUUGUGCAGUACUGAUUCUUAUGUCAAUAUCACCGCCAAGACGGACUGUUUUGUCGGUUUCCUGCCUCAUCAUACGCUGGAAAAGAUCAUCGAGAGGCGACCGAUCGUAUUGCUGACUCUUGCGAAGAGGUUGUUAUCACUUUUGUCUCCCCUUGUCCUGCAUAUUGAUGCUGGGUUGGAUUGGCAGCAGCUUGGUGCUGGCCAGUAUGAGAAAGGUGAUAAAGCUACCGAUUUCUACAUCGUGAUUAACGGUCGACUUCGAUCUUUCCACGAUAAAGAUGGCUCGAUGCAAGUCCUUCGAGAAUAUGGUCAGAAUGACUCUAUCGGCGAGCUUGAUGUGAUCACAGCUGUCGACCGUUCCGAUACUGUCAACGCUAUACGAGAUUCAGAAUUGGUAAGAAUACCGGCGGCGUUGUUCGAUGCGAUCAGUAUCAAGCAUCCUGCGACUACUGUGCAGUUUAUGAGGCUGAUAGCGGGACGAGUGAGGAAAGCUAUGGGAGAACAGAUGAAGAUCGGUCAUUUGCCUCUGAACGUCCCUACGACAGAUGUUAACCUAAAGACCGUUUGUAUACUUGGCAAUAACAGGAAUGUGCCUGUUGCUCAUUUUGCAGGAAAGUUGAAAACUUCCUUGGAGGAAUUAGGAGCUUCAACAUCGUAUCUUGACCAAGGUACUGUGAUGCGCCAUCUGGGCAGACACGCCUUUGCGAGAAUUGGGAAACUCAAAGUCGCUGGUUGGCUUGCUGAUCAAGAGCAACACUAUCGAACGGUUCUAUAUGUCGCGGACUCUCCGCCUGCGAGUCAAUGGACUUUGACUUGUAUACGACAGGCCGAUUUAGUGUUGGUGCUGGCAAUGGGAGAUGAUCCCUCUUUGGGAGAAUAUGAGAAAUUGCUCCUCGCGACUAAAACAACAGCUAGGAAAGAACUUAUCCUGCUACAUGAUGAAAAGGCUGUCGCUCCGGGAUCGACUCGCCCUUGGCUGGUUAACCGUCCUUGGGUACAUGCCCAUCAUCACGUCGAGUUACCAGGUGUAGUCACCCCGCACAAAGUUACUCCGACUGUACACGACGCGGCAGCCGUAGCGGCAUUCAAGCAUUUACGAGAAAGAGUUGAAACUAGAAUCCGAAAAUAUAGGGGUUUAAGACCAUUUGCCAGACCUCGUCGUCCUUCACAUAUGAACGAUUUCGCUAGGAUAGCCCGGAGAUUAUGUGGUAAACAGAUUGGAGUGGUAUUAGGUGGAGGUGGUGCGAGGGGUAUAUCGCAUAUAGGGAUGUUACAGGCAUUGGAAGAAUUUGGAAUACCCAUUGAUGCGAUUGGAGGAUGUUCGAUUGGAAGCUUCGUUGGAGGAUUAUAUGCCAAAGAAACGGAUCUUCUGGAAACGACGGGCAGGACGAAACAGUUUGCGGGUAGGAUGGGAUCGAUGUUGAGGAUUUUGAGCGAUGUGACGUAUCCUUUUGUGGCUUAUACGACUGGACAUGAGUUUAACCGAGGUAUUUACAAGGCAUUCUAUAAUACACAUAUCGAAGAUAUGUGGAUACCAUUCUUCGCCAAUUCGACAAAUAUCACUCAUUCCAGGAUGGAAAUACAUCGAACAGGUUAUGCUUGGCGGUACGUGAGAGCCUCGAUGACUUUGGCAGGUUUGCUACCUCCGCUGUCUGAUAACGGCAAUUUACUCGUCGACGGAGGGUAUAUGGAUAAUACACCCAUCGAACCUUUACGACAGAACGGUAUAAGGGAUAUCAUAGUGGUAGAUGUAGGAAGUAUAGAUGAUACCAGUCCUAGGAAUUAUGGAGAUUCAGUAUCGGGUUGGUGGAUAUUUAUUAAUAGAUUCAAUCCAUUCUACGAGAGGAAGGUAUUAUCGAUGACUGAGAUAUCUUCGAGAUUGACCUACGUGUCGAGUGUGAAAACGCUAGAAGACGUCAAGAAUGCUCCGGGGUGUUUAUACGUUGCUAUGCCUGUACAGCAAUUCGACACAUUGGGCGGUUUCAAACGAUUCUCCGAAGUACUUCAUAUAGGUUUACAAGCAGGUAGAGAGACAUUAAAGAAAUGGAAAGAUCAAGGCAAACUACCUACCGGUCUGGUGGAUGCUUCGAGAGGUUCAAAAGUGAUCCAAAGAGGUAAUAGAUUAAGACGUAUGUCCAUAUAA